AUGGCAGCGCAGAGUUCACAGACACCCUUGGCCGGUGUCCCAGUGUCACACGCCCUUAAAGACGCCGCGACUCAAGGAACGUCUUCCGAUGGGCAUACAGCAGCAAGCAUUGGAAAAUUGAGUCUCGAAGAUGGCAAUGCUAUUUACAUCGGUAGUUCUCAUUGGGCUACGAUUUUAGACGAUAUUCGACAGCUCAAAGACGAACUAUCUGACGAUUUCUCGGACAGUUCAAUGAGCCCGGGAUCGACUUUACUUAUUGAUGAUAUGGCAUUACCGACCACGAGAAUGUCUCUCCUGACGAGUGUCGCCUGUCUCCCGAGAGAGCAGAUUCUAGCCAUGAUGCCGCCCCGCAAGGUGAUUGACAGACACGUUUCGCACUUCUUCAACACGUUUGACUUUGCCCCAGUCAUUCUGCAUCGAAACACGUUCCUCGCUGAGUACACAAACUUUUGGGCCAAUCUCUCAACAGCCCCGAUAAUGUGGAUAGGCCUCUUGUUUAGCAUCAUGGGCAUCUCGAUAUUCCUCCAGCAACAAGAUAUCAGAGCCUCUGGCUUGUCCGCGAGUGAAUCCCAGGACACGUUGGAGACGUAUCGAACCCUUACCAUCCACUGCUUGGUUGCUGGGGAUUAUCUGCGGUCAAGCAAAUACACGAUUGAAACACUGACCUUGCACUUCGCUCUUGAUCAGAAUGCCAGUGUCGAUACGUAUGUCGGCACCUGA